GCCAUGGCCUCGAAAGCAGCCACUGCAGCCGUGGACUUUGCCCGUGUCUACACAUCUUUAGGUCUCGGAAAGGAGACCAUUGCUUCUCUCCAAGCUUUCCGGAAAAGACACAGCGAAGCACAACGCAUCAACACCCAAUACGCAUCCCAGCCCACCACGGUCGAUAUUGCCUACUACCGCUCUGUGUUGAAGAACCAGGCUGUUGUUGAUGAAGCCGAGAAGAUCCUGAAGUCGUUCAACCCCGUAACGUACGAUGUUGGCACGCACAUCAAUGCUAUUGAGUCAUUCGAAGCCAAGGCGGUUGAAAAGGCCCAGGAAACUGAGGCCAAGAUUGACGCUGAGCUGAAGGAAUUACAGGCUACGCUUGCUAACAUCGAGGAGGCACGUCCAUUCGACCAGCUCACUGUCAGCGACGUUGGAGAAGCCCACCCUCGUUUGCAAGAAGUUGUGGAGACUAUGGUCAAGAAGGGCAAAUGGACGGUGCCAGGAUACAAGGAGAAGUUCGGUGAUCUCAACCUCAUGUAACGUACAGUAAAUUGUCGCAUGGGUGUGAUACCGCUAUCAAAUUGAAUUUCACCAUUUAGCUUCCAAUUGUUUUAAGCAACCACUUGUGCACAACAUCCCGAGCAAUUUGCUUCCUGUUUCUCUCCAUGAACAUCAUAUGUCCGUUACCAUAUAUAC